CGUGGAGAAGAAGAGGUGGCCACGGACGGUGUUUUCCCGAUGGACGAAAAGGCGAAGAGGACACGAGAGCUGCUCGCCAGCUUCUACUCCACCGACCCCUCCGCCGGCGGUGGCGCUGGCGUCGGCUCCGCCGCCUCACCCCGGAAGAUGGCCUCCCCCGACUCCAUCAAUUCCCCCUCCUUCGAUCCCGACGUUUACAUGAGCCUCCUGGUUCAAAAGUUAAACUUGGAGGGACUUCUUCAGAAGCAUGUUGAGAUGGCAGCUGAAAUCAAGAAUCUUGAUACUGAUCUGCAAAUGUUAGUUUAUGAGAAUUAUAACAAAUUCAUUAAUGCCACUGACACUAUAAAAAGAAUGAAAAAUAACAUUGUUGGCAUGGAGGCAAAUAUGGAGCAACUCCUUGCUAAGAUUACGUCGGUUCAAUCCAAGAGUGAUUUGGUGAAUACAUCUCUUUUUGAGAAGAGGGAACAUAUAGAGAAAUUGCACCGUACUCGGAAUCUUCUUAGAAAAGUUCAAUUCAUUUAUGAUCUUCCAACUCGACUUGCAAAAUGUAUCAAGGCAGAAGCUUAUGCAGAUGCAGUGAGGUUUUUCAUUGGAUCUAAGCCUAUAUUUGAGGCAUAUGGGGAUUCAUCCUUCCAAGAUUGUAAGAGAGCAUCUGAAGAGGCAAUAGAUUUGGUUAUUAAGAACCUUCAGGCAAAAAUAUACUCGGAUUCUGAGCCUAUUGAAGCAAGAGCUGAAGCUGUUGUGCUUCUAAAGCAGCUGAACUUCCCUGUGGAUAGCUUAAAGACAAAGCUACUUGAGAAAUUAGAGGACUAUCUCAUGACACUUCAGGAUGAACAUAAGGAGACAGGGGCUUCAGCAUUGGACACCUUGGAGACUAGUGAACCAUCUGAUAUAGGAAAAUUAUCAGACACAAUACUUUCUUUAAAAACACCAACAGGCACACACAUGGUUUCUGUUGGUGAGGUCUCCAAGAUUAUCCGUGCCUAUCUUAUUAUAUUUCCUGAUUCGGAAAGACGACUCAUUGAACUUAUACAGGAGUUGUUUACCAAGCGUUAUGGAAUUAUUGAACGACGAGUAAAAGAAAGGAUGACAUCUGCAGAUAUACUGAAAAUGAUACGAGUUAUUUGGGAAGAUGUGACACUGAUGGAUGAAGUAUUGGCUGAGGCUGCUCUUCCUGCUUUUUCUUUAGAGGCUGCUAGGAGUAUCAUCAGACAAUUUAUCUCGACUUCCUUCUCCCAUCUUCUUCUUGAAGUUUCAGAAGCACUUGCCAAAAGCCAACCUAUGCCAAAGAAAGGGUCAGAAGAGUCUUCAUUGCAAAAUGCACUGGAAGGCAGCAAAAAGGUUGUGAUACAGGGUAGUUUGGAUCUCUUAUUGGAAUUCCGUCAGCUUCUUGAUGAUAAUUUGGAGUUGCUAGCAAAGCUGAGAGACCUAAUAGUUGAUUGGGUGCAAGAAGGUUUCCAAGGAUUCUUUCAGAAACUCGAUGAGCUGUUUCUUGCGCUUUGUGGAAGAGGUUAUAUUGCAAAUCCUGAUUCAAGUGUAAUAGAUGCAAUACAAGUGGACAAAGUGCAGACAGGACUUGUUCUUGUGCUGGCUCAACUUUCUGUCUUCAUAGAGCAGAUUGCAAUACCCAAAAUUAUGGAGGAAAUAGCUGCUUCCUUUUCUGGAGGUGGUGCCCGUGGCUAUGAACAUGGACCAGCUUUUGUACCUGGUGAGAUCUGCAGAAUAUUCCGUUCAGCUGGUGAAAGGUUCUUGCUUCUUUAUAUAAAUAUGAAAACCCAAAAGAUAUCUAUCCUUCUGAAAAAGAGGUUCACCACACCUAACUGGAUCAAGCACAAGGAACCACGAGAAGUUCACAUGUUUGUUGACCUGCUGCUUCAAGAGUUGGAAGCUGUAGGAAUCGAAGUCCGACAGAUCUUACCUCAAGGACUGGUUCGGCGGCAUCGCCAUUCUGACAGUACAGGGAGUACUAAUUCUUCUCGUAGCAACCCAACACGUGAAGAUAAGUUAACCCGAACAAAUACACAGCGAGUGAGAAGCCAAUUUUUAGAAAGUCAUCUUGCCAAGUUAUUUGAACAAAAGAUGGAGAUAUUUACUAAAGUUCAGUACACACAGGAGUCAGUUAUAUCGACCGUAAUAAAAUUUUGCCUGAAGAGCUUACAAGAGUUUGUGCGACUCCAGACAUUCAAUCGUAGUGGAUUUCAGCAGAUUCAGUUGGAUAUUGAAUUUCUGAAGAAUCCACUGAAAGAGUUUGUAGACGAUGAUGCAGCAAUUGAUUUCCUGCUAAAAGAGGUGAUUGGUGCUGCUCAUGAAAGGUGUCUUGACCCAAUCCCCCUCGAGGCUCCCAUUUUAGACAAACUCAUAAGCACAAAGAUAUCCAAGAGCAGGGAGGAGAACCAAAGUUCCUCUUUGGCGUAGAAAAUGGAGAACUUCGGAGAAUCUAUCUCCAACUCUGUUUUGAAGUUUAAUGUGAUACAAGAAUCUGACAAAGCCCAAGUUGCUUUUUGUCUUUUCUGAGAGAAGAGGCUUUGACGAGCACAACUCCACAGAAGAUCCAUUGCCAGCGUUCUUCAUGUCAUGUCUUGGGAAGCAACCCCUACUUGGUAUUCGAACUCUCAUGACAAUGCUUUUGUCCAUGAACAGCUGUUUUGAAUAGCUCUUUUAUGUAUGUAGUAGAUUUCUGUUAUAGUUACGAACGUCAAUAUAAGAUUAAUCUCCGAUAUUAACAUUGAUUA